UGUGUGAAUGAAGUGAAUGAUGAGGUGCCCGAUCCCGAUACGGCUAAUGCACUGACAGCCUGUGCCGCUAAAGACAAUGUCGAGGGGAACGGCUAUUUAGAUGAGGUAUUGGCCGCCACUGAUGGACUCUAUCCAGAAAUUACUCCAGAGAGUGAUCCACUGAUAUUAAUUAAUGGCGUUCGCAAUGAUAAAGCAUUGACUAAAGUUAGAUACGAAGUGUGCAAGGCAAUACCGAGAGAGCUGAGACCAGCACCUUGCUCAGAUGUGACAGAGGAUCCGGAUGUCCCCGUUGACAUAAGUGUGCCAACUGACAAAGUUAAAGUGCAGGUCUAUUACUCACCGUAUAGUCCGAAGUCUAUUGAUUUGAUUAAAUUGAAUGCCGAGGGAAAUGAUAAAGGAUUAUAUGAAUUGAUGUUACCCGAGGUGGACGGGGAGACCAAGUAUAAUGUGGAAGUGGAUUAUAUACCAUGGGGUAGGGCUUCCAGGGAUACGGAAACUGGUACUGGCAAGUUUACGUACACGUGCGCUGAGGGGGAUGACACUUGUAUAGCAACUAGACUUCAC